AGAUAGAACUGGGUGUAAGAAGAGAAGCCAAAAAUAGAGUGAAAUGGAAAGUAAGAAUAUGACGAUUCCAUGCUUCGAUUUUUGCAAGGGUGGGAUGAGAUUGGUAGAAGGGAGUGAGGAAUGGAAAGAAGUGAGCAAGAAGGUUAGAGAAGCGUGUGAGAAUCACGGUUGCUUCCUCUUAAGGUGUGACGAGAUCCUCCCCAAGAGUGUUUGUGAAGAAAUGUUUCAUUACAUGAAAGCUUUGUUUGAUUUGCCUGAAGAAACGAAACACCAAUAUGUAACUUCAAGGCCUUAUAGGAACUACACUGGCAAGAACCCUUUCAUUCCCCUCACUGAAAGCUUUGGCAUCGAUGAUACUACUCUCUCUGAUAAGGCUGAAGCCUUCACUAAUCUCAUGUGGCCACAAGGAAACCCACCUUUCUGUGAGACACUAAACACCGUGAGCUUAAAGAUGCUAGAACUAUGUUUCCUUGUCUUGAAAAUGAUUGUGGAAGGUUAUGGUCUUCCCCAACAUUACAUUUCAGAUGCUGAAAACAUGAAAAGCUCGAGCUUUACACGAUUGGGGAAAUACAAAGUUUCUGAAAGCAAUAAUGAAUAUGAAACUGUUCUUCCAGCUCACACCGACAGCAGUACUUUAACCAUUUUAUGCCAAAAAGAUGUUCAGGGACUUGAGGUGUUAAACAAAACAGACAAAUGGAUUGAAAUGGAGAUACCACGUGAUGGCUUUGUAGUCAUUAUUGGUGAUGUACUAAAGGCCUGGAGCAAUGGGAGACUUCAUCCAGUCACACACAGAGUGGUGUUGAGAGGAGUGAAAGAGAGAUACACAUUUGGACUUUUUGCAAACGCAAAGGAAGAGAUCAAAAUUGAGGUUCCCGAUGAGUUGGUGGAUAACAUUCAUCCCUUACGUUAUCGUCCAUUCACUUAUGGAGAAUUCUUCAACAACUAUGUUGCAAAUCCCAUGGAGGCUCUUCAAUUUGCAUCUAUUUGAAAGCGAUAUUUAUGAACAGGAGCAAAAGAUUGUUGCAUAUAUCUCGUUAUAUAUAUAAUGCAGAAUAAUUAGAGGGACUUUUGCAUUAAUAAAACUUUUCAGAUCUAUUAUAUAUGCACAUUAUUUAUUUGUUUUCAUUGUGGGGUGGUUUGAAUUGUACACCAAUUAUUUCAAUCUUAUCCAUGCACAAAAUGAAAAUCAAUAAUUGUGUUGUGUAACACUAGAUUUAAAGCAACAUGCA